GACCCAUGAUGGCGCACAUAGAGACCUCAGCGGGCUCUUCAUCAGCAUCUGGCGCUUCGAGCUCCUACUCGCUCCCAGACUCUCUGAUCGCAGCGACCCACAAGCCGCGAGCGCUUGACUACCUCACUCGCGGACUUACCUCGCAGAUCUAUACCUUCGACCUUGACAAGUGGCAGCAAGAAAGGAGCGCAGAGAGGAAAUAUCUGGAUGUUGAGUUGCAACAUCUAGGAGCAGCGCCGCUGCGCCAUGGUCUGCUCGUCAAGUGUGUAGACCUGGACGAACAGCCGAGACCCCACGAUAUCUUGCGCGAGAUCGACAUCCUGAAGAGGUUGCGAGGGUCAGCUGAUCAGAGAAGAGAUCUUGUCGUCGCCUUACUCCAUGACGAAGAAGAGGUGCCAGAUGACUUCACUACCAUUCAGCGUCUCUACUUCCCCCGCUAUCCUACAACGCUGGCAACUUUCCUUUUCGAGGAGGCAAAUACUUGCGUAGAGAGCAUUCUUGCACUAUCGGACUCUCAAAGGCAUACCUUCGCCCAUCAUCUGGCGCUCCAGCUCUUCUCCGCCCUUGAUUUCCUGCACAGCAAUGGCAUCUACCAUCGAGACGUCAAGCCAGGAAAUAUCCUCCUCUCUGGCAACCCCACCAACGAUGAUCCUGCAUCUAUUUCAAUAAGGCUUUGUGACUUUGGAACCGCUUUUGUCAGCUCGUCAAAGAAGGAGCGACCGUCUACUUCCUCCACCUCUACACACCCCUAUACCCCACCCGAGUUGCUCUUCUCGCCCACGGGAGGUUACGAUGGAGCGGCCGUGGACGUGUGGGAGGUGGCAUGCGUGGUGGCUGAGGUGCUCGGAGAGGUCAGUUCGGAUGCAGACGAGGGCGAGGCACAGUCGGGCGUGCAUCUCGUCGACGAAGACGAAAAUGCGUUUGAGCGAUCGGAAGAUGAAGACGAGCGGAUGGAGAGGGACCUCGAAAGGCAAUGUCUCUGGCCCUCCGGACCGAGCCUAGCAGAUGACGAUGACUAUGAUGAUGGCGUUAAUGAUGAGAGCGCCGAGGUAGUCUCACGGCCGCGGUUCACCAUUCAGAGAAGUAAGAAGUCUUACAGGCGGCAGACACUCUUCAAGGAAGGUCGCGGCGACAUUGUACUCGCAGCGGACAUCUUCACCCUGCUGGGCCUACCAGAGGGAGACCGAGAAGACUUGUGGCCCGAAGCUGUCCACUUCCAUCCCCCUCUGGCUCGCCUGCCAUUCACUCGUGCGCCGGCCCCUGCCAUGCCUCGAGCUCUACAAGAACGGCUGCCCACCUUCACAAGGGUACUUACUGCAGGGGAGAAGGGCGGGGUCCCAAAGGACGUCCGAGAGCGCGCUGAGGUGGUACAAGACGUCCUCGUAGGCUGUCUGAAAUUGUCAGCACGUCAGAGGUUGGGUACACAGGAGAUCAUAGCCCGAUUGGAUAGAGUGCCUGUUUCGAAUCCAGGAGCAACAGACAGGCUUUCAACAUAGGGUCGCAAUCCACACGUAGAUAGGGCUUCACAGUGUCACC